GAUGUCUAUAGUUACGGUGUGGGUUUACUCGAGCUUCUCACUGGUAGAAGACCGGUAGACAUGUCUCAACCUUCAGGAGAAGAAAACCUUGUGACAUGGCAAGACCCGUACUAGCCAACAGAGGGCCUGGAGCAACUGGUGGACCCUGCAUCGGCUGGAACCUACAACUUUGAUGACAUGGCGAAAGUGGCUGCGAAUGGCUCCAUGUGCGAAUGGCAAAAGGUCUCACACAGACCAUUCAUGGGUGAAGUUGUGCAGGCAUUGAAACUUAUAUACAAUGAUGCAGAUGAGACCUGUGGUGACUAUUACGGCCAAAAUGACUCAUACCAGACUCUGCAGACUUCAAAGGCGAUCUGGCUCCAUCGAUAGCAACUUGUGGAAUUUGACACCUCGGUUAAGGUAUGGUCAAGCUUCGUCGUUCAUAAACAUGGAAUAUAGCUCAGGACCGCUAGAGGACAUGGAGAACCGGCCUCACUCUGCCUCUAGUAUUCCAAGAGAAGGAUCACCAGACUCGCGUACGAUUUGCAGUGUUCCCUCUACUACUGCCAGUCCUGGAGAAGGCAUUGCAGAGACUCCCUCUAAUCCACAGUCAAAGGAUCACAGAGACAAGGACAAGGAAGCGGAUCACAGAGACAAGGACAAGGAAGGGGAUCACGGAGACAAGGACGAGGAAGAGGAAUCACAGAGACGAGGAAAAGCAAGGGGAAUCACAUAGACAAGGAGAAGGAAGAAGGAUCACAGAGAGAAGGUGAAGGACAUGGAUUUCAAGGUUCGAAUGUUCAAAUCUAAGUUGGCAGUUUGUUCUAUGAAUGUCUGAACAAUUUGUGUUUAUAUAUGUUACGUUUUGAAUGUCUCAAUUAGCUUGUUGCUUUACUGUUCAACAUUCAUGGCAGCAACAAGCCAUGCUUCCUCCCGGUCUGUGUCUGUGUGUUAUGUAUAUUCUGAUUGUGUAUAUACACGGAUGCUUUAUAACAUCCCACUGUUGUGAUGGGGAGAAUGUUGG